UCGAAAUUCCAUUUAAGUAGCAUUUAGUUGUGGCUACUCGUCCAAGAUAUUAAUAAUUAGAAAACUAUCAAUUUUAUUUAAAAUUUAAAAAACUAGUGAACUACUUGAGGAAAAAUGGCUAGCAAUGGUGGUUGGUGUGGACGCGGUUUUAAGCCACGCACAUUUCCCAAACACGCCCCUUUGGUGUGCUACAAUAAACCUGCCUCGGCACAGGUCAACGAAAAACAAUACGAUGACAAACGUUUUGAGGCACUCACAGGUGCGAUCGUCGAGACGCUGAUCGUACCAAAGCGCACAGCGCGCACCUGGACAAUGCAAGCUGGCGAUUUAUGUCGCAUCACCGUAUCCGAAGGCUCGCAGGUGGGCGAUGUAAAUUUUUGGAACCUAGACAACACUAAAGAACGUUUCUAUUCGGGCAAAACGCGUCAACUCCAUAGUACGCAUCUCAAGGUGUACGAUCGCUUAUGGAGCAAUUUACCAUAUCUGCGGCCAAUGGCCACCUUCGUUUACGACUCUCUAGCAGCCUAUGGCAUUGAUGAGGAUGGUGGCUCAUUGCAUGAUGUGAUCGGUACACGCUGUGAUGAUUACACAUACAAGUUGAUCACCGGCAAAGAACGUGUGGGCAGUUGUCAUAGUUCGUUGACAAAAGCAGUGGUGGAGGAGCGUGGUUUGAAGGAGGAAGAUGUGCAUGAUGUGUGGAAUAUUUUCAUGUGCACCGGUUUCACGCGAGAUACUCAACAAUAUUUCUGUAAGCCCAGUCCUGCACGCAAAGGUGAUUACAUCGAAUUUAUAGCUGAUAUGAAUCUUUUAGUGGCGCUGAGCGCCUGCCCACAAGGUGAUGUGUCAAUAACGGUGGGCGAAGAGGUACCUGACGAGGUCUGUCAUCCACUGAAGGUGGAAGUUUUCCGCAAAAAGGUUUAAAGUGACACUCAAAAAUUAUAAAGAGUGUAUGGCAAAGCGCUUUAUUUUGAAUAAAAAGUGAAAUAAGUAAUAAAGAUAUAUCUGUAAGAAAACUUUACAACUCUGAAAACA